CAUAAUCAGAUGUCAUGAUCUGGCUGGAUCUGCAUUUUCAAGCUGGUAGCAGAAAAUACUGCUUGGAUUUUUUUUUUGCACCAGUGUCACCGUGGUCGUCACGCCGUGUGCGUCUUGAAGAGUGGAAGGUGUUAACUGAAGAACUCUAUCAAGCGAUUCAACAGCAGCUGACGGAAAGUCGAGUUUCACGGUUCACUGAACUCUCCGAUGCAGAAAAGCAACUGUUUUUGGAAAGGGCAGCUAAGGCAAUACAGGAAGGCGAGACUCUGCAGAACUUCAAACAGUUGGCAUCUAAGUCGCUAGACCAACAUCUUAGUAGUCACGCUAAUCAACAGCUACUCACGUCAGCACCGACUGGAAGCAAGUCAGAACUUAUACUCGACCAUGCUAGAGAGGGCGCCCUUGGUCUGCUAAAGCGCUGGCCGGGCAACAAGGCUAAACUGCAUCAAUUCUUCAAUCAGGCACUGCCCGAUCGUCUUAGACAGAUUACAUGGAGGCUGUUUCUGAGGAGUCCGAAAGUGAGGUCGUUAUAUCUGGAGCAACUGAAGUCAGAUCCGAACAACGUGAUGUCAAUCUUGGAUCUGGAAAUCAUUCAGACCAGCGAGGCCCUCCUACUCAGAGAGCCAACAUUUGAAGAACUGGCAAACAACACAGAUAUACUUCAUGCGAUGAAGGCCGUCCUCUCCUACCACCACGUCUGCAAGAAAACCAAGAGUAGCCUGAUCGACACGGACUACAUGUUGGUAAUUCCAUUCCUUGUCAAUGUGUUAUCAACUACACGUCCUGAGCAGCUUGUAUUGGAGACUACGCUGUCCGUACUGAUAGAGGAGUUUCUGACAUUCAUGACCAAUCGGCCAGUAUACAUGAGAGAAUCGUAUGUACAGGGUUUUCAAGAGAGUAUGGAGGUCUUUGCUGGUCAGAUCGUUGAAAUACUCCAAGAGAAAGAUGAACCAUUAGUGCAGCACAUGGAAAGAAUAUUCAAGAGGCGUUUUACGGGUCUCUCCACCAUGGUGCAGGGCAUAAAGCCACUGGUUAGACCAAUGAGCAGAUGUCUCUUUGUUGGCUAUCUAAGUCUUGAUGCGGUCAUGUUUGUAUGGGACCAGUACAUCCUUGGUCUGGAUAGACCAGACUAUGAUGUCAUACCUAGCCUUGCAGCCAUUGUGUUAAUGCUCCUUAGGAAAUAUCUGCUGCAGUGUCAGAGUUUACCUGAGAUGGAAAAUGCACUAAAAAGGAAUGCCAACAAAUUGAACAAAGACCAACUUAUGUAUGAGAUUGGAAGAAAUUUCUACCAGACCCUUUACGGUCAGCUCAAUAAUGGGCAGGAUGGCAUGCCAGUACUGGAUCCAACACAAGUUGCAAUGCCGUGGGAGUACUGGCACAAGGAGAUGUUGCCUCAAAGAUUAAAUAAGGCACAAAACAGACGGCAGGAGAGAGAAGACAGGGAACAAGACAGAGACAAACAAAAUCAAAGGUUGAAAGAUGAAGAAAAUGACCAAGUAAAGCAGGAGAAGUUCAAGGAAGAGGAUAAAGCUAAGCUCAAGAAAGCUGAGCAGAACGCUAAGGAAGAGCAGUUGAAACUACAGAGUCUCUUGGAACAGGAAAAUAAAAAACGAUUGGAGUCUGAGAGGGCAGCCCAAAAAGAAAUAGAGCAACUUAAACAACAACUCGAGAAAUUGAAACAAAGCAAACAAGCUCCUGUAGCUUCUUCAGCCCCUGCACCUCCUGCAAGAUCAGAGCAAAAGCCUUCAGAAUCAAGGCCAGCAAGUAAAACAUCAACUCCUGCUGAUAAGGAGGUCUCUCUUGCUCCGAGACAACUCAAUGAUCCUACUGCAGCCAAAGCAAUGAUGACUGAUAUUAUGAAAGAAUUCAUGCAUGGCAUCAAGGCGGUACAUGGCGACUAGGCGACACAAAUAAUGAAUCGCAAGCAGCUGGUACCGGUUAGCAACGCCAACCUACUGUGCGAGAGGAGGCAGGAACCAGGUCAUAUCAUGAGCAGUAUCAAAAAGUCCAGUUAUGGGCCAAAGCUCGCAUGACGACCAUCUCCCUGGAAGCCAGUCUUUACUAUGGUCACGAGUUCCUGGCAUUCGUUAGUUUUUCCCAAAUGGUCAUUGUGUGAACUCGGCCUAGACUAAUUGUUGUGAGCAUCAAUAAAUUACAUUCAAAACAACAAGAUUUAUGGUGGUAACAGUUUUGAAAAUAGGUUUUUUUGACUAGUCUCUGGAAUAAGGCGUCUGUUUGUAGCUGGUUAGUCUUGUCUAAACAUGUGCCUUGAGACAGUCUCUCAAACCGGGAUGUCUCCAUGGUAUCGUCGUAAUCCUUUUAGAUUUGUUUCCAUUGUGCACUUUUUCGAACCCUACAUGGAGUGCGACCAUCUUGUUUAACUCCAAUUUAUUGUGUGUGGUGAUUGCGCGGCCAGAAGCAUUGGCCUCAAGUUCUUAUAUGCUCAUUUUCAGUACCUUAGAGCCAUUGGACACUUUCGAAAAAUUGGAAACAGAAAAACAACAAAAAGUUCACAU